GGAUGAAGCAAAUCAAGCAUGUAACAUGCUACACCCCAUCAACCCUGCGUCGAAUCGGGACAUUCAAUUGACGUAUUUGUCUACGGUAUCUCCACAAGAAACGGAUAGGCAAAGCGGCGAAGUGAAUCUUUUUGGGAGAUCUACAAGUGGUAAUCCCCCAGCAUACUCCGCGCUGAAUAUAUCAGAGCCCACUUAGGCUAAGCAUGCAGACUAUCAUCCAUAGUUUGAAAGAAUACAUCAAUUUAUGUGUGAAUUUGCAAUCAGAGAAUACACAAAGCAUCUUAUCCACUGAAAGCUGUGUAGAAACCUAUUAAAUAAAUCAAAUGAUGACAAAAAUCAUGAUCACUUCAGGGUACCAUGUGUUGGGGCAAAAUCUUCCAUGUUAAUACAGUUGAUUGUAUCAUAAUGCAUUGCCUCGUAGUGCAUAAUUCUGGUAAUGCAUCAACUUUU